UUCCUGUCUCUGGUCAUAUUUCACAUGCUCCUCAAUCUUAGCUUGUUUCAGGAGAAAGAGAAAGAAAAGCUGUGUUAUUGGAACUACAUGGAUAUUUGUCUAAUAAUGUGGAUGAACUAAGCAUAGCAGCAUUUGGGAGAAGCUUUGUUGCUAUAACAUUGAUAGUUGUGAUAACCAGCUCUUUUUUUCAUUAUGAGUAAGCAUUUGACAGUCUUCUUCUUUCUAACAUCCUUGACUGCAAAUACCUUCAGUUUAAUAGAAAUUGCUGAGCAGAGGAAGAACAUUUGUGAUAAGAAGACACUUAUUACCACCAAAACCAAAUGCAGAUCUUGCUCUCUCAACUAUGAAAUACAGUGUCCUGAAGGUUAUACCAAAAUUACCAAUAACUCUGGGAUACGUGACUGCAGAUAUGAUCUUGAAAUCAGGGCUUUCACUCUCACUCUCUCAGGAUGUCGACAUAUAUGUGUGAGGGAGUUCCUGCAGCCUCAAUGUUGCCAAGGAUAUUGGGGACCAGACUGCUUAGAAUGUCCAGGUGGAGCAGUGUCACCAUGUAAUAACAAAGGGCAUUGCUUUCAAGGUGUUUUCGGGAAUGGAACCUGCACAUGUCAGAAAGAAUUUGGUGGAACUGCCUGUGAAAAAUGUGCAGAAGACAAUCUUUAUGGACCAAACUGUACAUCAGAAUGCAACUGUGUUCAUGGAAUAUGCAACAGUGGAAUAACUGGAGAUGGCAAGUGCACAUGUUUAUCUGGAUAUAAAGGUCCUAGAUGUGAUCAACCAAUACCUGAAUGCCAGGAGCUGCAGUGCCCAGAAACCUCCAGGUGCUCCAUAUCUGCUGCCAGCGGAAACCAACUGGAGUGCAGAUGCCUUCCCAACUAUGAAGGGGAUGGCAGACAAUGUGAGCCCAUCAAUCCAUGUGCAAAACUAGUCUGUGAUCCUCACGCUGAUUGCCUCUAUCUGGGACCCAAUCAUCAUAAAUGCGUGUGUAAAUAUGGUUACAAAGGAGAUGGCCAAGUUUGUAUGCCAAUAGAUCCUUGCCAAGAAAAAUUUGGGAAUUGCCCUGUAGAAUCUACAGUUUGUAAAUAUGAUGGACCUGGAAAGUCCCACUGUGAAUGCAAAGAACAUCUCACGAAGUUUGUGCCUGGACUAGGAUGCAGCAUGACAAACCUCUGUGUAAAUAACAACCCCUGUCAUAAAUAUGCUGAAUGCACAAUGGUUGCACCAGGACAAACUCUAUGUACCUGCCAAAAGGGAUAUGUAGGUGAUGGUUUUAUAUGCUAUGGAAAUAUCAUGGACCAAAUUAGAGACAUAGAUGCCAAACCUGGAGGACAAUGGCAAGGAAAACUAAUAUCUGCAAUAGAACUCUUUGAAAGUACUUAUGAAUGGCCACUGACUAGUUUGGGACCUUUCACGGUGCUCGUACCAACAAAUGCGGGAUUCAAAGGAAUUAAAAUUAAAGAUCUUCUUUCUAAUAAGGAGCAUGCCCAAUAUUUUAUGAAACUCCAUAUCUUUCCUGGACAGCUAGAGCUGAAUAGUCUGAAUAAUGCAAGUAUGGUUUAUACACUGACUGGCAAGCCAGCAGAUAUAUUAAAUGAUGAAAAGGACAAUUUGUUAAGAAUUAGAAUACAUGGAGGUAAGACGAAAGGGAAGAUCUUACAAGGAGAUAUUGUUGCCUCCAAUGGAAUUGUGCACAUUAUCGACAAAGCCCUGGACAAUAUGGAACCCACUUUUGCAAGUGACAAAGAGAGAUCUAUAAUGGCAGUGCUUCAAGACCAAACAAGAUACAGCAAAUUUAGAUCCAUGGUGGAGAACACUGUUGUGGGACCAAUGUUAGAUACACAUCCUGGACCUAAUACAGUUUUUAUUCCAGCCAAUGAUGCUCUCGAUAACUUGAGGGAUGGAACUCUGGACUACCUCUUGUCAAGUAAGGGUUCCCGAAAGCUUCAAGAGCUAGUUCAAUAUCACAUUGUUUCUCACACCCAGCUGGAGGUUGCCAGCCUUAUCUCCAUAGGACACAUCAAGACUAUGGCUCAACAAUUCAUAUAUUUUAACAUCACUGAAAGUGGACAAAUCCUGGUCAAUGGUGUACCAAUAGAAGAAACAGAUAUCACUGCAAAAAAUGGACAAAUUUACACACUUUCUGGCAUUCUUAUACCUCCAUCCAUAAUCCCAAUUCUGCCACAGAGGUGUGAUGAAGAAACAACUGAGAUUAGGAUGGGUGCCUGUGUAAAAUGCCAAGUAUCCCACAAGAACAGUUGUCCAGAAGAUUCAAUACCUGUUGCUUCCACGGGGACUAAAUGCAUUUACCAUGACCAGACCCAUCUAAGAUACGGGUGUGCUAAGUACUGCAAUAUAACAAAAAAGGAGCCUAACUGUUGCAGAGGAUUCUUUGGCCCAGAUUGCAAUCAAUGCCCUGGUGGCUUUUCCAGUCCCUGUUCAGGAAAUGGUCAGUGUGUGGAUGGGAUGAAAGGAAAUGGAACUUGUAUUUGCAACACUGGAUUCAAAGGAUCACAUUGCCAGUUCUGUUCAGAUCCCAAUAAAUAUGGGCCACAGUGUGACCAAAAAUGUAAGUGUGUUUAUGGAAAAUGUGACAAUCAAAUAGAGAGUGAUGGAAUCUGCCUGGCUGGUUCAUGCAAAAAUGGUUAUACUGGGAAAUUCUGUGACACACAGGUGUUUCCAUGUGGGACGUUCCUUCAGUUCUGUCACGCACAUGCUGAUUGCAUGUUUGCCAAUGGUGCCAUGAGCUGUAUUUGCAAACCUGGAUAUGAAGGAGAUGGAAUAAUUUGCAGUGAAGCAGAUCCUUGUGCUAACUUAAUUCCACAUAGUUGCAGUGAUAACGCAGAAUGUAUCAAGACUGGCCCUGGAACCCAUGAAUGUGUAUGUCAGCCAGGAUGGACAGGAAAUGGAAGAGACUGUUCAGAAAUCAACAACUGCCUGCUGCCAAACUUUGGAGAGUGUCAUAGUAAUGCUACUUGCCUGUAUAUAGGUCCAGGUCAGAAUGACUGUGAAUGUAAAGCAGGAUUUUGGGGCAAUGGAUAUGAAUGUGAACCAAUAAAAUCUUGUCUGGAACAAAGUGAGAAGUGCCACCCACUGGCAGUUUGUCAGCUCAUAUCUUCUGGAGUAUGGGAAUGUGUGUGUUCAAAAGGUUAUGAAGGAGAUGGAAGUAUGUGUUAUGGAAAUGCAGCAGAGGAAUUGUCUUCUCUUUCAGAAGCUGCUGGAUUUAAUGAGUGGGUUGAUAUAGCUGCAAUGAAGAUGCUGCUGACACAUGCAACAAAUUUAACAAUCCUUGUGCCAUCUCACCAAGCAAUUCAGAAUAUGGACCAAGAUGAGAAAGAUUUUUGGAUGUCAAAAGACAAUAUUCUAACCCUAAUAAAGCAUCACAUAUUAGAGGGAGCAUACACAGUGGCUGAUCUCCAGCAUUUGUCGUCGUUGAAGGGGGUGGCAACAUCUAUGCAUGGCAACUUCUUGUCAUUGUCCAAGAGAAGUGGAGAUCUUUCAGUUGAUGGUGCAAACAUUGUAGCUAGUGAUAUUGCAGCAACAAAUGGGAUUAUACACGUAGUGGAUAAGGUUUUGACACCCAUAAGAGGAGUGAGUGGCACAUUGCCAAAAUUACUCCCCCGCUUAGAACAGAUGCCAGAUUACUCCAUUUUCAGAGGCUAUAUAAUUCAAUACAACUUGGCAAGUAAAAUUGAAGCAGCUAGCACCUACACCAUUUUUGCUCCAACCAACGAUGCUAUUGAAAAUUAUCUCAAAACUAGACAGUCAGUUUCUUUGGAUGAAAACCAGAUCCGGUACCAUAUUAUUCUGGAGGAGAAGCUCUUGAAGAACAACAUGCACGAUGGGAUGUUCAAGGAAACCAUGCUUGGAUUCUCAUUUAGAGUGGGAUUUUUCAUUCAUGAUGCCCAGCUCUAUGUAAAUGAGGCACCUAUAAAUUACCCAAAUGUUGCAACUGAUAAAGGAAUAAUCCAUGGAGUGGGAAAAGUAAUGGAAAUUGAGAAGAACAGAUGUGAUUACAAUGAUACUGAGAUCAUAAAUGGGAAAUGUUUGCACUGUUCAUACCCACCUGGAUGCCCUCCUGGGACUACACCAGUGCCAGGCAAGAGGGAAAUCUGUUUUUAUCUCCACUAUUAUAGGAUGUCUUUUCGUUCUGGAUGCCAGCCAAAAUGUGUUAAAACCAUAAUUAUCAGAGAAUGUUGUGCAGGAUUUUUUGGCACACAAUGUGAGCCUUGUCCAGGAUUGGUUGGAAAUACUUGCUUUGGCAAUGGAAUUUGCUUGGAUGGCAUCAAUGGCACAGGUUCUUGUGAGUGUGAAACUGGAUUUGAGGGAGUCGCCUGCAAUAGAUGCAUCAAAGGCAAAUAUGGCACCAACUGUGAUCAAGAUUGUACCUGCAUCCAUGGGAGAUGUAACAGUGGUAUUAAAGGAGAUGGCACUUGUGAGUGUGAUGUUGGCUGGAGAGGUGUGAAGUGUGAGAAUGAAAUCAAAGAUGAUGAAUGCAAUGGUACCUGCCAUAGUAGUGCCAACUGCUUUCUCAAUCCUGGAGGCACAGCGUAUUGCCAAUGUGCAGCUGGGUUUAAAGGGAAUGGGACAUAUUGUACAGCUAUCAAUGCGUGUGAAACAAGUAAUGGCGGUUGCUCUACCAAAGCAGAAUGUAAACGUACUACCCCAGGAAACAGAGUGUGUGUCUGCAAAGCAGGGUACACUGGAGAUGGAAUAGUCUGCUUUGAGAUUAACCCCUGCUUAGAGAAGAAUGGUGGCUGUGAUACAAAUGCAGAGUGUACUCACACAGGACCUAAUCAAGCAGCCUGUAAUUGCUUAAAAGGAUAUUCCGGGGAUGGCAAAUCGUGCACCUACAUCAGUCCAUGUUCAUUUAACAAUGGUGGCUGUGGGGAAAAUGCAUACUGCAAUGAUACAGCACAGACAGAAAUAACCUGUACAUGCAGACCGAAUUAUAUUGGAGAUGGAUUUACUUGUAGAGGGAGCAUCUUCAUGGAGCUUUCAAUGGAUUUCAAUACUACUCGAUUUAAUGGAUAUUUAAUGGAUGCUGGUGUUAGAGACAUGGCUGGAACAGGCCCUUUUACUGUCUUUGCACCAAGUAGGGAAGCAUUUAUAACUGAACUAAAAGUUAAUGACUGGUUUUCCAAAGGUGUCAUGCCCCAGAUUCUUCGUUACCACGUUGUAUCGUGUGCAGGACUGCUCUUUAAUGACCUGACAUCAGAUAAAACUGUCACCACUCUUCAAGGAGAGCAGCUUAAGAUCACAUUUUCACAGAAUUCAGUUUUUUUGAAUGGCAAAGCUAAGAUUCUAACUAGUGAUCUGAUCUGCACAAAUGGAGUAAUACACAUCAUAGACAAGGUCCUAAUUCCACAGAGGAUUCAAGACUUCCCACGUGGGCAGCCAACUCCUGUAAAGGAAAACCUCAAAAUGGUUGCAGCAAAAAAUGGGUACAUCCUCUUCUACAACAUCAUAGAGAGUUCAGGAUUGAUUAGUCUUAUUAAUGACCCUCUUCAUCAACCAGUCACCUUGUUCUGGCCCACAGAUAAAGUAAUCAGGGGUCUCUCCAAGGACCAGCAGGAUUUACUGUUUAAAAUGUCUGACAAGGAAAAACUACUGCAGUACUUGAAAUUCCACGUUAUUGGAGGUGCUAAGAUUUUUGCUUAUGCACUCCCUAACUCUGAUUCACUGAAGACACUUCAAGGCUCUGAUCUCACUGUGACAUGUGGUGAUGAUGACACAAAUAUUGGAGAAUUGUUCCUCAGUGAAAAGAUGUGCAAGAUAGUACAAAGGCACUUGGAGUUUGAUGGUGGUAUUGCUUAUGGUAUUGACUGCGUGUUAACAGAUCCUGUUCUUGGAGGUCGUUGCGACACUUUCAUCACUUCUCAGUUACCGGGAGACUGCAUUAGUUGCUACAGAACCUUUCAGUGUCCUUUGGGGAGCAAAGUAGUGGGAGAAACAGAGUCAUGCACUUACACUAUCGCUCAUCGAAUCCUGUCAGGCUGUCGGAAGGCUUGCUCUAUGGUGGUCAGGGUGCCACAGUGUUGCAAGGGAUAUUUUGGGAAUGAGUGUCAAGCCUGCCCAGGAGGGCCAGAAGGUUCUUGUAAUAACCGUGGUACCUGUGAUGAAGGAUAUGCUCGUACAGGAGAAUGUUCAUGUAACAGUGGUUUCAACGGUACUUCAUGUGAACUCUGUCUGCCUGGAAGAUAUGGCUUGGAUUGCAAGUCCUGUGAAUGCACAGCAAACGGACAGUGUGAUGAAGGGAUUACUGGAUCAGGUCAAUGUUUCUGUGAGACCGAAUGGACUGGACGGCUCUGUGAGACCAAACUUGCUUCAUCCCCAGUGUGUUCUCCCAGCUGUUCCGUAAAUGCUGUGUGUAAAGAACAUAAUACCUGCCAAUGCAAGCCCUAUUACAGUGGCGAUGGAAUCACCUGUACAGCUGAGAACCUCUGUAAGAAAGCCAAUGGUGGCUGCCAUAAGAAUGCAAAAUGUAUACAAAUUGGUGUGACGGUCAAUUGCACAUGUCAGAAAGGUUACAAAGGAGAUGGCUACACCUGCAUUGCUAUCAACCCUUGCACAGAUGGACUCAAUGGUGGAUGUGAUGAACAUGCUACUUGUACAAUGACAGGUCCUGAUAAAUAUAAGUGUGAAUGCAAGGAUAACUACAUUGGUGAUGGACUGAGUUGUGAAGUGAAAAAAUUACCAGUGGACAGAUGUUUACAAGAUAAUGGACAGUGCCAUGCUGAUGCUAAUUGUGCUGAUCUUCAUUUCCAAGAUGCUACUGUUGGAGUUUUUCAUGUACGUUCUCCAAAGGGACAGUAUAAGCUGACUUUCAGUCAAGUAAAUAAGACCUGUGCAGAUGAAGGAGCAACAGUAGCUACAUACACUCAGCUUUUAUAUGCUCAGAAGGCAAACUACCAUUUUUGUGCUGCUGGCUGGCUGGCUGAUGGCAGGGUAGCAUAUCCAACAGCCUUCUCUGCCCCAAAAUGUGGUGGGGGAGUCGUUGGAAUUAUUGACUAUGGGCCUCGAUACAACAAAAGUGAAACCUGGGAUGGCUUCUGCUACAGAGUCAAGGAUGUCAACUGCACCUGUAAAACAGGUUAUGUGGGUGAUGGAUUUGCAUGUAGUGGAAACCUGCUUCAGGUCCUUGUUUCUUUCCCAACCUUUACAAACUUUGUGUCAAAAGUUCUGACUUAUUCAAAUGCCUCAAGGAAAGGCCAAGAAUUCCUAAAAUACCUCAGCAAUUUGUCCAUUAAAGCAACAUUAUUUGUACCAAACAAUGAUGGACUGAAGGAAAAUGAGACACUUUCUGGAAGAGAUAUUGAAUAUCAUUUAUCCAACAUUGGCACACUGUAUUAUGAAGAUCUGACCAACGGAACUACACUGCAAACUAGAAUAGGGAAAAUGCUGUUAAUUACACACAAAGAAGACCAGGAGUAUCAGAUUUUUGCUGCUAAAAAGAUGAAAACAAAGUAUGUUGAUGGAAAAGCUAUCUUGGGAUGGGACAUAAUUGCUUCUAAUGGGGUCAUCCAUGUCAUCGCAGCACCUCUGAAGGCACCUGCUAUACCUGCUACUUUACAUCCCGGAGUUGGAACUGGAAUAUUCUUUGUAGUUCUUCUUGUGAUUGGAAUUGUUGCUCUUGUUGGAUAUUUGUUCUUCAGAUUUAAGCGGGGAACCAUUCGCUUCCAGCAUUUCAAGCAGGAAAAAGAUGACACUGAUGUAACACUGGACAAGGCACAGUCCUCAAGCAUCUCCAACCCUAACUAUGAACACUCAACAACUUCUCCACUGGAUUCUUCUUUCGAUCCAUUUUCUGUCUCUGACGAACAACAGCUGGUGAACAGUAGCACCCCUGAGGGGUUCUGAUUUACAACGUUGCCAAAGGAACAAAUUUUCAGCAAGAAUAUAACCUAAAGAUACAAGGAAGUGUACAAAAGCAUUUAUAGUUUUAGGGAUGGAUCUUUGAAUAUUAUAGAAAAUUCUCAAUAGUGAAGGCAGAUUGGAUCCCUUAGAAUCCUGAUUGUACAGUAUGUUUUUCCAACGUCAAAUAAGUGGAAAAUGUGGUGUUGAUAUCCUGUUUGUAAGAAUAUGUUUGGCUACUGUAUGAACAGAGUGCUGGACUAGGGAAA